UGAGCUGGUGGUCCGUGCGCAGAUUAAUCAUAUGCCUGGUGUAUCCAAUUGAGAUCCCACCUUGAUGUUACGUUCAUUUCCACCUUCAAUUUCCCGUUGCAAGAUACCAACCUGACAUCUCUCCUUACAGUCUCGCCGAGCCAAACGCAAGGUUGUCUACGCAGAAUCAGAUUCUGACUCUGAUGUCGGCAUGAUCUCCCAGAAACCAUUACAGAGCAAGCUGCCUGCGAAGCGGAAGAGCUUGCAAAACGAUUCGGACUCGGACGAUUUCAUGCUGGAUCUAGAUGACGAUGUCAUGAUGGAGGCUGCAGAUGAGUAUGAAGCUUCCGUCAUGUCCGACUCUCCAGGUCCUCCCCUUGCGAAAUCGGUCAAGCGAUCGAAAGGCUUCGCUCAACCUGCCAAAUCAGCGCCAAAACCCUCAACAUCCCUAUCCCGUCCACCCCCUCGCCCAUUUGCCUCUAGCUCCAAAGGCGGUUCCCGAGCCGCGUCUGAUCGGUCAGACUCCCGUGCCGGAUCCGACGUGUUCCUCACAUUGGCUGAGUUGCGCAAGGAGGAGGAUAAAGACGCAAAAAAAGAAGGUGGAGAAGUUUUCCCCUUCUUGAAGAAGCCUCGAGACGCACAGGGUCGAUACGAGGAUGACCCAGAUUACGACAAACGAACCCUGCUGAUCGAAGAGCAUCACUUCAAGGACAUGACCCCGUUUGAGAAGCAAUUCUGGUGGAUCAAAAGAUGGUACUACGACACUGUCCUUUUCUUUCAAAAGGGUUACUUUUACGAGCUCUACGAGAACGACGCGGAGAUCGGGCACAGAGAAUUCGAUCUCAAGCUGACCAGUCGGGUCAAAAUGAAGAUGGUCGGAGUUCCAGAACAGCAAUUUGAGAUUUGGGCUGCAAAAUUCCUUGCCGCCGGGUACAAGGUUGGUAGGGUCGACCAGAAGGAGACUGCCAUUGGAAUGGACAUGCGGACACAGAAGGACGCAAGCAAGAAAACCGCAUCCACCGAAACGAACGCUAAAGCUGUCAAGGGCAAAGAGGUGACCGGCAGGGAUCUUCUUCGAGGACCUAAUCAUCACCUGGAUGGCGUCAAGAUCGUGCAACGUGAACUAUCCGAAGUUUUCACGAACGGGACCAUCGUGGAUGGGGCUUAUCUCGCUUCGGAUGAAUCGAAUCACUGCGUCGCUCUGAAGGAGUCUGUAGAUCCCAGCACGGGUCUCAGCAACUUUGGUGUUUGCAUCUUGGACGCAUCGACGGGGGUGUUUGAUUUGGCAUAUCUCGAAGACGACAUCGUCAAUACCAACUUGGAAACCCUCUUCCGCCAGAUCCGUCCAAAAGAGCUUCUUUAUGCAAAGAGCAACCUUUCCGUCAAUACACAACGACUACUGCGUGCCAUUCUGCCCGCUUCGACUCUGUGGGAGUCCUUUCAAAACGUCGAUCAAUUCUAUACCAGGGACGAAACAUUGAGGCGAUUGGCCGAAACCUAUCAGCUAGCCUCAGAUCCAGACAACAGCGGCAAGCCCAUCCUCCCGGAAGCCAUUCAAGCCAUGAGCCAUCGCCCGUUAGCGAUGGAAGCAUUCGGGGGCAUGAUGUAUUACAUCGAGACGAUGAACCUGGGCAAUGACUUGCUCACUCAGAAGAACUUCAACGUGUAUGAUCCAAUUCGUCAAGGGAAAAGCAUGAUCUUGGAUGGUCAUACACUCAAUCACAUGGAGGUUCUCACGAAUAAUGAAGGUGGCGAAGAGGGCACUUUAUUGGCGUUGCUCCAGCAGUGCUCCUCUCCCUUCGGUAAACGCUUAUUCCGACACUGGCUCAUCGCGCCAUUGCGUGAUGUUAAGAUGAUUAAUGACAGGCUUGAUGCAGUGGACGAGCUGCUCGCAAAUCCAGGCGUAAUGGGUGAUUUCACGCUCUUUGCGAAGAAAUUGCCUGAUCUCGAGAGAAUGGUGUCUAGGAUUCAUGCUGGUGCACUGAAGCAGCGAGAUUUUGACAAAGUCGUAGCUGCCUUCAGCAACAUCAAAGAAGCUAUGGAUCGGCUGUCCACCACUAUCACACCGCAGGACGCCAGAACUGUUCAUGGUAUAUUGCGUGCUUUCCCAGACAUUGGACCGCACGUGAGGAAGCUUGAAAAAAAGUACACUGUGAAGACCGAGAAAUCCACUUUCGAGAUCAUACCUCAGGAGCGUGCCGACGAAGACUGCAGCGCUGCUCAAGAUGAGAUUGACACGAUCAAGACCGACCUCGAAGAGUUCAGAGAGAAGACUCGGAGGUCUUUAGGUCUCUCUUCUGAUGCAAUCAAGUUCUGGCACAGCGCUCAAGGCGGAAGGGAAAUCUAUCAGCUUGAAGUUCCUUCCUCGACCAAGAUGUCAAGUGACAGAUGGAUCAAGCAGAGCGGUACACAGAAAGUCUCCCGCUAUUAUUCCGAAGACCUGAAAAGAUUGGUUCGAGAACUGCUUGAAGCUCAGGAGAAGCUCUCGACUGCAAAACAAGGCUUCUAUGGUCGGCUCAUGGCUGAGUUCGAUCAGGAUCGAGACCUGUGGCUCAAGGCUAUCAAGCUGCUUGCAGAGCUCGAUUGUCUUAUUUCCCUCGCAAGGGCAUCUCAUAACAUGGACGAACCAAAAUGCCGACCCACCUUCGUUGACUCGCCAGUCGCGUUCAUAGAUUUCGAAGAUCUGCGGCACCCUUCCAUGUGUCUCCGGAGUGACUUCAUACCUAACAAUGUCCAGCUCGGGGGCAAUGUGCCUCGGACGACGCUCUUAACGGGACCAAAUAUGGCUGGAAAAAGUACUCUUCUGAGGAUGACAGCCGCUGGAAUUAUCAUGGCCCAGAUGGGCUGUUACGUCCCGGCCAGCAAGGCCGUCCUAUCGCCAGUCGACAAGAUACAGACUAGGAUGGGAGCGUACGACAACAUGUUCGCAGCCGCGAGUACUUUCAAAGUAGAGCUGGACGAAUGCGCUCGGAUCCUUCGGGAAGCUGGUCCUAGAUCAUUCGUGAUACUUGACGAACUUGGUCGAGGAACCUCUACAUUCGACGGAAUGGCGAUCGCGGGAGCAGUGUUGCAUCAUCUCGCAACGCAUACUCUGCCUCUGGGCUUCUUUGCGACGCACUACGGAUCUUUGACUGACGACUACACCUACCAUCCGAACAUCCGCAGGAUGCACAUGAAGACUCACGUCGAUGACGAGCAACAUCAAGUUGUUUUCUUGUACAAAUUAGUGCCUGGGGUAGCGGAAUCAUCACAUGGAACCCAUGUUGCCACAAUGGCUGGCGUGCCUUCGGCUGUCGUCUCUCGCGCGGACCAGGUCUCUGCUGAGUUCUUCGAAGCUUUCAAGGCGAAAUUGGCAACGAGACGUCAAUCUUCUUUGUCUGUCGAAGCUCGAUCCGACAUCGCAUGGUUGAUCAAGCUCGCAUUGAAUGACAGCGAGACACAGACCGGAAACGCCGAGCAGGCUCAAUUUGAGAUGGAUAUGGUAAGAGCGGCGAGUGAUAAGAUUGUGGAGAUAUGAGCGAGUCGGAAAUAGCACAGGCAUGACGAAACAUCACGAAUUUUAUGGCACGAUUGACGACAUG